GUCCCGGGGCGGAGCGGGAGUGGGACGGGCGCAGCAGCCCCGACUCCAAGCUUGCGGCUGCCUCCGGCGGGCAGGCGGCAGCGGGGCGGGGCUGGGUCCCGCCCGGACCCCUCAACUUUUCCCGGACCGGGCGACGGCCACCGCGGCCAGGGGAACCCGGACCGAGGGGAGAGGGCUUCUGGGAGACAAAGGCUCUGCCCGGUGACCGUGGGCGUGGGCCGGAGCCUCCGGGGUCUUUGUGCGGACACGUGCACCUCACGAUUGUGGGGCUUUGUGGCUUUGGGCUCCGGGCCGUGCUUCUGUCCCUGCCUUUCCCUCACCAUGCUGUGGCCUCUGCUGCUGUUCCCACUGCUCUUGCUGGCCGUGAGUGGAAUGCAGACAACCCGGCCAUGCUUCCCUGGUUGCCAGUGUGAGGUGGAGACCUUUGGCCUCUUUGACAGCUUCAGCCUGACCCGAGUGGACUGCAGUGGCCUGGGCCCCCACAUUGUGCCUGUGCCCAUCCCGCUAGACACAGCCCACCUCGACUUGUCCUCCAACCGGCUGGAGACAGUGAACGAGUCUGUGUUGGCAGGGCCCGGCUAUACUACACUGGCCGGCCUGGAUCUCAGCCACAACCUACUCACCACCAUCUCGCCCACCGCCUUCUCCCGCCUUCGCUACCUGGAGUCUCUGGACCUGAGUCACAAUGGCCUGGCAGCCCUUCCCGCUGAGAGCUUCACCAGUUCCCCACUGAGUGACGUGAACCUCAGCCACAACCGGCUCCGGGAGGUCUCAGUGUCUGCCUUCACCACCCACAGCCAGGCACGGGCGCUGCACGUGGACCUCUCUCACAACCUCAUUCACCACCUGGUGCCCCAGCCUGCAGGGGCCGGCCUGCCUGUGCCCAGCAUUCAGAGUCUGAACCUGGCCUGGAACCGGCUCCAUGCUGUGCCUGACCUUCGAGACCUGCCCCUGCGCUACCUGAGCCUGGACGGGAAUCCCCUGGCAGCCAUUGGCCCAGAUGCCUUUGCAGGACUGGCAGGCCUUACACACCUGUCGCUGGCCAGCCUACAGGGUCUCCCCCAGCUGGCACCCCAUGGCUUCCGUGAACUGCCCGGCUUGCAGGUCCUGGACCUGUCAGGCAACCCCAAGCUCAAGUGGGCAGGAACAGAGGUGUUCUCAGGCCUGGGCUCACUGCAGGAGCUGGAUCUGUCGGGCACAGGACUGGUGCCCCUGCCUGAGGUGCUGUUGCAUCGCCUACCUGCGCUGCAGAGUGUCAGUGUGGGCCAGGGGACACAGUGCCGACGCCUGGUGCGGGAGGGCGCCUAUCCUCGGCAGCCUGGCUCUAGCCCCAAGGUGGUGCUGCACUGUGGGGAUGCCCAGGAACCUGUUGCCAGGGGCCCAGACAUUUUGUGACGAAUGAUGUGGUCCGGGGCCACAUGACAGAUUGCUGCCCUGGGCUUGCUCAGGUCCCUCAUAACAUUUUUAAAUGUGCCAAUGCCAGUGGGGAGUCUGUAGACCUAUGUGGUGGCAUCACCACAGAGCUGUGGGCCUGGGAAAGGCUUUAUGCCUGGGCCAACACCCAGGAACAAGUCUGUCCCUUUGUCCCCAUUGCCCCUCUAAACCAUGAGCAGAGGGACUUCGAUGCCAAGCCAGACUCUGGUCCCUGUCUGUUGCCCUUCCUCACUUGUCCCCCAAGUGCCUUCCCUCUUGCCUGGGCUGACCUGACCCAUGGCAGGAGGAGGGUGGGUGGGAGCCACCACUGUAGUACAGACUCAGGUCCACUGGGCUGAGUGUACCCUUGGCCCAUGGUCCAGUCUCUUAGGACCAGAAGUCCCUUUUACAACGUACCCUUUCUUUGCUUUGGAACCCAGGGUAGAUCUUCAAUUAUUGAAGGGACUAAAGAAAAAACCAUGUCUACCCUCCAUAUGGGACAGAUGGGAAAGUGAGCCCUAGAGAAGGAAUCUAAUCUGAGGUCCCCUGGGUGGAAGCUUGACCAGAACCCAGCUUCCUGCCUUCUGCCUGGGCCUUCUGCGCUUCCUUCCUGUUUUCUCUAAGUCAUCCCUUUCCUGGGCUUCUCCUUACUCUUCCUGCCCUUUCCUUGUCAUCUCAGCAGCAGGAGCAAAACAGUUAAGGGCCUUAGAGGUGGGAGUGUGGGCCCACUGACAGGGUGUGUGGCAUGAGCAAAGUCAGUUCACAUUUUGGAGCCUCUGAGAGCUCAGGGCAUGCCAAUCUCAGGCCUGUCACUUUCUCCUCUGAGGUGAGGUCUCUAAGAAUCAAGACUGGAAAGAUGCUCAUUUCCCUGGAGAUGCUCCCCUGCAGAGCUGAUGCCUUCUGGAGCCCCAUCCGGACAUGAGCUACAAGUGGCCUCCUUGAUGUUGGUCCCCACAGGCCUGAGUCCAGCAGGGCCCAGGAGUUCCGCUUGGCUUCCCACAGGCAGGGUCUUCUCCACCCACAUUUAUGCUCCACCACAGGGUAACAUCUCAGCUUCCCACCCCUGGGCUCUUUCCUUUGUCUUUAUUUUGUAAGAGUCAUUGCCUUUUUUAAUGAAUUGUUGCUUUCAACCCCACCCCCCUUCCUCUGCUGGCAGGGGAUGGAAACAUGUCAUUUGUAAAAUGGGAAGAGUUGCAUUUGUUCACUUUUAUAAUACUGUGUUCUGGGCACAUACUGGUCUCAGGCGGAAGCCAGAGAUCAGUAGCCAUGUGGGCACUGGGGCUGAUCCCACAGACAGGUUCACAAGGCAGUGAGAACUCUUUCCACCAGCUCACCCAGCACCUGAUUGGCCCUUGGUUUAAUAAAUGGUAUAAAGACUUCUUUCCAUCAUUCAAGCAGCAUCUGCUGCCAACGCCUAAACUAGGCUCUGGGCCCACAAGGAUGAAUUAGGUUAGGCCCUGGGCAUAUUGUUUGCCCUGAAAAGCUGAAUAAUCUCCCAGGGUAUGGGGAGUAAGGUGACAUGAGGGAGGGAAUUGCUGAGUUGCUCAGGUGUACUGGACCUUUUGCUACAGCCGGCACACAGUGUACCUCCCUCACGCCCCUCCUGGUCACCACACCUCCACUUGCUGGCUAUCUGGCCGUAGCCUUGAGCACACAGCUGCCUUUGCCCUAGCUGUUACUGUGGGAUCUUGCCUUGCCCCCAUACCUGGCCCUUGAACCCCCUUCCCACCAGGACACCAAAUUCCUGUCCUUCCUUAGAAGCUUUCCCAGUCUCCCUCCUGUCCCUUCUGUCAAAUGUAAUAGUACAAUACUUUGUUCGUUCUUGGUGUUUCAUCUGUUUGGCUCCCUAACUCCCUUUAGUGACAGGGAGCUCCCUUCUAGUUCAUUAAGGUGCCUUCACUAUCAGCACUUCUUCUCACUGUUCACAAUCUACAGGAAUACCCAUAACAUCAAGCUGUUGCUGAUACCAAUGAGAUGUGAUCAGAAUGUACAAUGAAUGUUUAUCUUUUUAAAAUUUAUUACAAUAAAAGACACAUUGCCACUAAUCAGCUUCAAGAUACUCCCCCCUCACCUUGAACACACUUGUCCCAUCAUUCUUGCCACUAUAAAGCAGUUCUGAAAGUCUUUUGUGAGCGUCUUUAUGAGGUGUGAGCAAAAAUACAGUGAAUAGGGCCAAGGAUUUAGCUCUGGUUCCACUGCCUGCCUCUCAGGUGCAAGGUCCCGAGUUCAAUCUCUGGUACCAAAAAAAAGAAAAAAAAAAUACAGUGAAUGCUUCUGCUUAGUGCCAUCCAACAGAAAGGCGAACUCAUAAAAAUAUGAUGUGUCUUUAUCCAUUUUAUUCACUCAAUCUGGCAUCAUGCUACUUCUGGCUCUUCCACAAAGUCAGAAUGACUGUUGAAAGGUAAAUGUUUUGAAUCGAUCCAGGACAUUGAGACAGAAAUGAUAGCGUAAUUGAAAACAUAAAGAGGACUUCCAAACUGUUAGGGGAUAAGCAAAGCAAAGGGAGUAUCUUGAGGGGGAUUCAUGGCAAUGUCUUUUGCACUGUAAUAAUUUAAAUAAAAUUUAAGUAUUCACUGUAUUUUUAGAUCACACCGAGUAGUCUGCCAGACCCCGUGCUGGGUAGUAAGAUGAAUCCAACCAUGUCCCGUGUCUGCUCUAGGGGGCUCUCAUUCCUGAUGUGGGAGAGGGAGAGACACACAGAAGGCCUUUGGGUGUAAAAGCAGCAUGCAGUGGCAGUCCUGUGGAGGAUCCAUAUGACUGGGGACAAGUGACCAGGAUGAGAGAGGCUGGCACGGGGGCCAUCUUGCAAGUCAGGUCUCCCUGUACCAAUGGGAGUCCUGGACUAGGCAGCAGCCCCCCCCCCCCCCCCGUCAGUAGGAAAGAGCUGAGGUAUUGGGGGGAGGUGACGGGGUUUCAGAGGGAGUCCCCAGGCCUCAUAGUCCAAAGUGUCCCCAAAGGUGGGGAAGAGGGCAUGGCCAUGCACAUUGUGCUGGGCUACUUUAGUCACCAACCUCCCUGGGCCUCUGACAUUCCGUGGGACAAGAGAGAUUUCAGUGGCAUUGGUGGGGAGAGAUCAGGGUACUUCCACCCAAAGUGCCUGGGUUCAACCAAAGCCGCCCUUGAGGAGGUACAAGAACUACUGAAAGAUAAGGUAUAAAGAAGACUAAAGGAUAGGAAGGGGCUUGUGCAACUUCUAUCUGCAAAUCGGGGCGGGGGUGAAGCGCUCGUGAGAGGGUGGGGUGGACGCCCCUACCCUGUGGGCUUAUCUUGAUGGAGCAUCACCCCCUCCCUACCCCCAAGCUCUGGCCUCCUGCCUCAGGCCCUGAACUUCGCGGGACCGGGUGUUCGCAUGGCUCCUCCUAGUGCGGAGGCUCCUGGCCUGCAGCGCCACCGCGUGGUCACAUAGCCAGCCCCCCCCCCCCCCCCGCAACGCGCACAGAGCAGAACCCGGACAGCUGGAGGUAAAGAGCACCGCCAUGGUUUGCGCUGCCAGUUUCUCCUCCCUUGCAGCCGGAGCAGCCCCUCCAGCCUCCUCCUCCCCUGGAAUACUGGCCAAGGGCGUUAGAAUCUUGGAUUCAUGUAAAGAUUUGAAGUCACAGGAGGAUUAAAAUCUUGAGUAUAUCACAAA